GCGCGGUGCCCGGGGGCGGCCUCGAGCACCGCCCCCCGCCGGCUGCCCACGCCGCGCUCCGCCCUGGACGCCGCCGGUCCCAGCACGGGGGUGCAGCGGCGGGGAGGGUGCGAGCGGGCCCGGCUCAGCCUGAUUUACGGCUCUGCUGAAAACCGCUUCGCUCCCGCAGCAUCAGCAUCGGGGGCGGCAGCGGCGGCGGUGGCUGCAGCAACAAGUCGGGACUUUCAGAGUAAUGCAACAGAAGGCUUUGGAGGAAAGCAGAUAUCCUUGGCAGGAGUCCUUUGAGAAUGUUGCUGUUUGCCUGCCAUUCCGCUGCCCGAGGUGUGGAGACCACACCAGAUUUAGAAGCUUGUCGUCGCUGAGGGCCCAUCUGGAAUUCAGUCACAGUUACGAAGAGAGAACCCUCCUGACAAAAUGCAGCUUCUUCCCAUCUCUCAAAGACACAGACCUCGUCACCACAGAACUCCUGAAACCCGGGAAACUGCAGAGCGGCGGGCCCGGGGCAAAGCAGAGACCAGGCUAUGUUAACUUGUACAGCAUUUCGCACGAACACUCUAAGGACCGGAAGCCGUUUGAGGUGGCGGCGGAGAGGCCUGUGUCCUACGUGCGGACCUACACCGCGGUGGACCUACGCACUGACUCGGUGGAUGGGCUGCGGUCGAGUCCCGGGCUCCCCACUUCCGACACCAAAGCUUCUUUUGAGGCACACGUCAGAGAAAAAUUCAAUCGGAUGGUCGAGGCUGUGGACAGGACCAUCGAGAAGAGAAUCGAUAAACUCACCAAAGAGGUGGCCCAGAAAACUGCUGAACUGCUGGAAGUUCGGGCAGCUUUCGUGCAGCUGACUCAGAAAAAGCAGGAAGUUCAAAGACGAGAGCGGGCCCUGAACAGACAGGUGGAUGUGGCCGUGGAAAUGAUCGCUGCGCUGAGGCAACGCCUGACGGAAUCUGAGGAGGAGCUUCUAAAGAAAGAGGAAGAAGUUGUCACAUUCAACCAUUUCCUGGAAGCAGCAGCUGAGAAGGAGGUGCAAGGGAAGGCUCGCCUCCAGGACUUCAUCGAGAAUCUGUUGCAGCGAGUAGAACUGGCCGAGAAGCAGUUACAGUACUAUCAAAGCCAGCAGGCCUCCGGCUUCAGCCGUGACAUCAGUGAGCACCUGCUUACAGAUAUCUCCUCAAAUAAGAAACCCAAAUGCCUGAGCCGUGGACACUCACAUUCAGUGUGUAACCACCCAGAUCUCAAGCCCCAUUUCCACCCAAAGGGAAGAAGCUGCCUGAAGAAAGUCAAGGAUGACAGAGCCAGCAUGCAGCCUGCCAAGUCCAUGCACGAGCAGGCCGAGUCCUCACGGGAACUCUGCAGACUGCCCAAGAAAGGCGAGUGCCUCGGCUUCAGCCGGAAAGGCAACAUCCGGCCCAAGAUGGCUAAGAAAAAGCCAACAGCAAUUGUGAACAUCAUCUAAAAGGGUGGAGAACUUUGGGCUACCGUCAUCCGGCUUUGGGGAAUGUAAAACCCAGGGCCAUUCCUGAUAUGAUUGGACAAUGCCAUGGUGAGACAUUGGGAAAGCCAAGGGCAUCACCCAGGGUUGCAGAAUGUAACAGAUGGGAAUCCCAGUGAACCGGAAUUGUAUCACAAGUCUCUUCUAGAAACAAGAGACGCAUUACAGAAGAAGUUCUUUAAAAAAAAAAAAAAAAAGAAAGAAAGAAUGAGACAUACUUCUUCUCAUCCAAAACUCCAGCUUCUGAGGUAACUGGCAGGGGCCGCAGGCCUCCUAUGCAGUGGUUGUUAAUCCUCAGAGCCACAGAUGACGCCAGGCACAGGGGAGAAUGCUUUUGUGCCCACAGCUCUCUACACCGGAAGGCAGAUGGGAAAGUUCUGUUUAUGGCAGUGAAAUAAAAAUAUUUGGGUGGAUUUCUUUCUCACCUUCUCUUCAGUUAAUUUUCAAGUCUGGUUCAUGGAGAUUUCAAUCUUCAGGUGGCUUAAGGGGCUUGCUCAUUCUGACUUCAGUUCUGAUUUCAAGGGACUGUUUUUUAGUUUGUUUGCUUGAUGCAGGAUUUUGUGUCCCUGGAUGCAUGUUUAUUCAGAUGCUGGUGCACUCUGCUGUCAUCUCUGACCGAGCCUUCCGCUGCUCGCUGCUGCUACUACUACAGCCACGCCGUCAGCCUGUGUGUUAGCGGCCGUUUGUGUGGCUGUGGUCGGGAAGAUCAACUCCCGUGAUCAGCACCCGUCUUUGGUGCCCUGUCAGAGCAGCUGGAAUGGCACUGAUGGCUGCUGGGAGCAACUGCAGUCUCACUCAGCCCUGGUCUGAGACCUGCUUCAGGGACAUGUUCGCAGCUUGCUCUUAGCCGUGGCAUUGCCUUCUCUUUGCGAGCUAACUUGCCCACUGGGCAGCUUGCUUCAUUGCCUGCUGCAUCUGUACCCGUUCGCAGCAGAAGCAGGGUGUGUCCUUACCUGUCAGCCAGGUGCCCGGAGUGUACACUGGGCACUGCAUCCUGAAGUCAUUCCUGAAAUAAACAAUGCAUGCAGGAUUCAGAUUUGCACUGUGUCCACCCUCUGUAUUUUCACAUUCUCCUGCUUUAUCACUUUCUCCAAAAAUGAAUUCUUCCUUUUUUUUUUUAAUUAGCAAUAUCAUCAGGUCUCAUACAGAGUUUAUAGAUUCUGACACCCUGGAAACAAGAAUAUAUUUGUCCACAAAUACACACACACACACACACACACAUAUAUAUAUAUAUAUAAGUAAAAUAUGUUAAGUAUAUUACUAAUUUAUUUUUAAAUACAGAGCAAAUGUGCACUAGUGAUGGGUGGUUUUAAACUAUAUAUGUUCAUGUAAACUGAAUUCUCUUACUUUAAAGCUGUAACCUAAUUAACAUUAACGGAACUAUGAUUGUUAAUGCAAUAAGCGUUCAACUAGCAGUAAGUUUAAAAAUAGAUAAUAAUAAGCAGUUACUCAAAAUGCCAAUAAAUUGAAAGUGUAACUUAUAUAAACAUUUUGAACCUAUUGUAGUUAAAAAACGCUGAUUUUUUUUUUUUUACUUUUGGCCUAUGGGUGUGGACCCAUCAUGUGAUGUACAGGGGGGACUGAAUAUUGCUGUGAAUAUUACUGUUUAGGCUAACAUUGUAAAAAUUAUAAUGUUAUAUUUAUUUGGAGAAUUAACCUCCUCUAAAGUUAUUUAUUACUGAUGCUUAUACCAUGAUUGCACUUUAAUCUUUUGCAUACUAAAAAAAUCAUAAUAAGGUUUGUUGUGCUGCAUGCCCUUUGUCCUGUAACACAUAUGUAAUGGCGACAUCUUGUUCAAGAUGGGAUAACUGGAUCUUUUUUUCUGUUUUACUUAAAGUAGCUUACAUUUUUGAUUUUCAUGUGACAUAUGCAGGGGACAUGCCAGCGGUCUUGGACAGUGGUACCCAGUGUUCUUCAGGAAGCACCAGGAUGUCUUAUCUAUUGUAAACACAAGACGGAAGGUUUGGGGACUCCUUUGUUCCAGUAACUAUUUCUGUAUAAGGUUACAACUGCAUUCUGUCCCUUUGCAAAAAAAAAUGUCUUAGAUACAUUGUGCUUCCUGUGAGGCAUGACUUCAGUGCUGAAAUACUGGAGCUGACUCCCUUGGAAGGAUAUUUCAUGCCACAUGGCUUGCGCAGGGUGCAGUGUCGCAGAUAUGUCUUAUUUUUAAGCAUUUGCUUUGUCCCCAUGCUGAUUGACUUUAGGGUUAAAACAGUUUUUUUUUUUUUUUGAAGAAGUUACCAGAGUGGAAAAAUACAUUUAAGGUUAAACCAGAGAGUAGACCUAAUUUCAUUAUUUGUUUAGUAGGAGAGGUCUUCACUUGGACUGUUUUCUUUUUCUCAAGCUAGGUUACAGAUGAUCUGCAAAGUUCAGAUUGCCUAGACACUGGUUCUCUACAGGGUCAGUCAGUAGUACAGAUGUUGGAAUAUUCUGUUCCAGAAUUGAAAACGAAGUUUUUAGAUUAUGAAAUAUUAUAAUAAUAAAGCUAUAUUUCUGA